AGGCGAAAGAGGUGGUGGUUGGUUGGUUGGUUGGUUGGUGAUCUUCAUGGGAGCACGAAGGACGCACACUCUUCUCUCACUUCGGAUUCGGACCUCAGCUUCAGCAGCGCGCUGCUCCUCAUUGGAGGAGGAAUUAUUAUUAGGAAUUAUGUUUGCUUCAAUGUGGUCAUUAUGAGGAACUAUCCAGUCUUGUUUCGUACUUAGGAACAGAAACAGGAUGCCGUCUUAGUCAAUAACUUUUUGAAGGAGAGUUGUUUUUUUUUUGGCACUUUUUUUUUUUCAAAACACUCAAAGUUCCUACACCCCUCAAAUGGAGCGCACCGGCUUAGCUGUGGUGAUGUUUUUAGCGGUUGCGCUGAUAAGUGAUGCCCACGCGGACUCGACAGGUGGGAGGAAAGAAGCCCCGGGAAAGACGGUCUGGGACCCCUCACAUGAUGCCGGUGAAAGCCCGCCGGAGAGCACCCAUAGCCGGCUCUCCAGGAGCACGGCGCCGCAGGGCGAUGGCGGCAGCAGGGCUCCUCUACCUAAAGCAGGUGCCGCGGAACUCCACUCUGCCCGGAGGACGACCGGCAGACACCCGAGCAGCCUGACCCCCACCCAGACCAGGACCAGAGUGAACCGUAGGCAGAGCAGCAAGUCCACCACCAGCACGAGACGACUUGUUGGGCCUAACGUGUGCGGAGGUCAGCAGUGCUGCUCCGGCUGGGCUGUGGCUCCGGGAACCAAUCGCUGCAUCAAACCUGACUGCCAGCCGCCCUGCCAGAACCGCGGUUCCUGCAGCCGCCCGCAUACCUGCGUGUGCCGCUCGGGUUUCCAGGGCCCCCGCUGUGAGGAGGUGGCUCCCGAGCAGGUGUACAUCCAAGACAGAGGGACCUUGAGGCGCGUCCAGCCGGGUAGCAACCCGUUCCAGAGAGACCAACCGCGGAGACGGCCUGCGGAAAGGCAAGCCGUCGAUAGCGCCAAGGUUCAAACCCCGCGACCUGCAACCACCAAGCAGCCGGUCCACACUGUGACCCAAGUGAGACGGGGACCCCCUGACUCCUCCCCUCAGCUGACCGGGACCUCCCGUACUGUGAAGCGUUAUCCGUCAUCCUCUGGGCCUAUCACCUCCAACGCUCUACCCAACGGCAACGCCCACGGAAUCGAGCACAGGAACGGACACAGACACGGACAUGGCAACGUACACUUCAGGCCACCCGGUGACAAUCAGCUGCAUGGGCAAUUUAACAACGCGUUAUCACCAGCAGGAUCCAACCUCACCUCCAAUCUGGACCGCAUCAAGAUCGUGUUCACGCCCACGAUGUGCCGCAAGGUAUGCAGCGGUGGGCACUGCUAUAACAGCUGUGAGAAAGGGGACGUGACCACCGUCUACAGCGAGACGUCGCAGCAGCAGCAGCAGCAACAACAACAAACGAAGACGACGGGAUUCAGACUCUUCUUUUGUCAGAUCCCUUGUCAUAACGGAGGCCGUUGCAUCGGCCGGGACCAAUGCUGGUGUCCAACCAACUCAACCGGGAAGUUUUGCCACUUGCCAGCUCAGACUCAUACCAAACCCACCACUCAUAAGGACUCUCGGAACUCAGGAGCAAAAUCACCCCUGCACUCCACCUACACUCUACCGCUGUCCAAUCAACAACUGUCACUCCACCCAUCCUUGGUCAACGUCCACAUCCAGCACCCUCCAGAGGCCAAGGUCCGCAUCCACCAGGUGGCUCGUGUGCAGCCAGGUCAGAGGUUACCCACCACGGAGGGGGUCCACUCUGUCCAGCAACGUUCUCAGCCCGGUAACGGCCACGAUCCAACUGUGGAGCACAGCAGGAGACACAACGGACACCACGUGGACCACGAAAGAUCACAUCAGAAUGGACACGUGGGAAGAUGCUUUCAGGAGACGGUUGAUGGACAGUGUGGCAAACCCCUGCCAGGCCUAACCAAACAGGAUGAUUGCUGUGGAAGCGUGGGGGCCUCUUGGGGUUUGAACAAGUGCCACAAGUGUCCAACUAAACCAGCGUAUGCGGUGAUUGCAAAUGGACAAGUGGAAUGUCCUGCAGGCUACAAAAGAAUGAACGUCACACACUGUCAAGAUAUCAAUGAGUGUCUACUGCCCGGAAUCUGUAAGAAUGCAGAAUGUCUCAACACCAAAGGAAGCUACAGAUGUACGUGCAAACCAGGCUAUAUGCUGGACCCGGCUAGAAGUCACUGUGUCUCGGAUAAGGCGGUUUCAGACCAGAGGGCGUUUUGCUACCGUUGGGUGACGGCAGGCGUCUGCUCGCUGCCCCUUUCUCAGCACAUCACCAAGCAGAUCUGCUGCUGCAGCGGCGUGGGCAAAGCCUGGGGAGACGGCUGUGAUCGAUGCCCCUUGCCUGGAUCUGAUCAUUUUAAGGAGAUCUGCCCGGCUGGUCACGGAUACACCUACUCCCGCUCUGAUGUGCAGAUCUCUCUCCGACAAUUGGAGGACGAUGAUCUUCAGAGUACCGGAUUGUCUUGGGAAGAGCGGAACCCGACGUAUCCUCAGCCGCCGUCCUCCCAGCCAUCAGUGCAAAGGCCUGGCGGGGCUCAAUAUCCCGUGUACCCACAGACUCCACAGAUACCACAAUGGCCCGAGUACCCCGAGUCGCCCCAAUCAUCCCGGGAUCCGAUCAUGCCAGAGCAGCCCGUCAUCCCAGCCAGAGAAACACCUCGACAGCCUGAAGAUGCGGAACUUCCAAGACCGCCAGCUGUUGUGACGGACUCACCAUUGAAAUAUCCAGAAGUUGCUCCAGACUCUCCAGGCAAGCCUGAUCCAAAGGAAACAAUUCCCACAGACGCAGGUUUUGACAAGUGCAUCACCACCCCUUCCAUAUGUGGCCAUGGGAAAUGUGUUUCUGUGCAGACCGGCUACACCUGUCAGUGUGAGCUCGGAUUCAAGCUCAGUGCUCUGCAGACCACCUGCAUUGAUGUAAAUGAGUGUGAGGAUGAUCCAUGUGAAGGAAAGGGCAGUUGUUCCAACAACUACGGCUCGUAUGCAUGCCAGUGCUACAGCGGCUACAGCCAGGUGAUCACACAGAACAGGAAGUUCUGCCAAGACAUUAAUGAGUGCAGCAUGCCCAACAAGUGUCAGAACGGCCAGUGUGUCAACACCGAAGGUUCUUUUACGUGUGAAUGCAACACUGGCUUUGUCAAAUCCUGGAGAGACCAGUGUGAAGACGUAGACGAGUGCCAAGAUCCCAGCUCCUGUCCCAGCGGUGCCUGCGUCAAUACUGUAGGCUCCUUCCAAUGCCAGGUCUGCAGCCCGGGUUUCAGGCCUAUCAGUGAUAGAUGUGUGGAUGUAAACGAGUGCUUGAACCAAAACAUAUGCGGCCGUGGAAGGUGUGUCAACACCGAAGGCUCCUAUAGGUGCAACUGUUUCCAGGGAUACAAACUCACAGUGGACAACGUAUGCCAAGAUGUGAAUGAGUGUUUGCUUCCGGGGGUCUGUCUCCAUGGACGUUGCGUCAAUCUAGAAGGAACCCACAGAUGCUCUUGUGGCCACGGUUACCAAGUCACCUCAGAUAGCAAAGCCUGCGAAGAUAUCGAUGAGUGUGCAGCGAAUAAGAAGUGUCCUGAAGGAAUCUGCGUCAACACUCCCGGUUCCUACACAUGCCAGAGCUGCGAUGCAGGGUUUCAACCGUCUGUUGACGGGCUGAGAUGUGAAGAUGUGGACGAGUGCGUUCAGGGUGACUGGUGUCUCGGCGGCGUGUGCGCCAACACGGCGGGGUCGUACACCUGCACCAGAUGCAAGGCCGGCUACAGGGUGUCUCAGGAUCGACGGAGGUGUGAAGAUAUUGACGAGUGCCAGUCCCUGUCAACGUGCGCCAAUGGAAUAUGUCUAAACUCCGAGGGUUCCUACACCUGUGAGAACUGCCCCACCGGGUACAGGGUGUCAUAUGACGGAGAACUCUGUGAAGACGUUGACGAAUGUACGCUGCCCACGACAUGCCCCCGGGGAACAUGUACAAACACAGAGGGUUCCUUCACAUGUGUCAGCUGUCAGCCCGGUUUCAGAAUCUCGUCGGAUGGACGGCGGUGUGAUGAUGUGGAUGAAUGCUUGGCAGCUAGCGACGUGUGCCCCGGCCAGCUGUGUUCAAACACCCUGGGAUCUUAUACCUGCAGGAGCUGUGGGGCCGGCAUGCAAGUGACCGAGGACGGUUACGGCUGCGAGGAUAUGAACGAGUGCCAGACCCCAGGUGUUUGUCCUACGGGCGUUUGCACGAACACAGAGGGAUCCUUCUCCUGCAUGACCUGUGACCCCGGCUUCACUGUGGCACCCAAUGGUCUCUCCUGUGAAGAUACGAAUGAAUGUGAUGACGCGGGUCUUUGUGUGGGGGGGCGGUGCACCAACACCAUUGGAUCCUAUACUUGCACCUGCCCUGCCGGGCUGGAGUUGAUCGAUGGGACGUCCUGCAGAGAUAUCAACGAGUGUUUGAGCGUGGCGGGAAUAUGUGGAGAAGGAGAAUGUCUGAAUAGCGAAGGCUCCUACGUGUGCGUCUGCCCCGACGGGUAUGACACCCUAAAUGGGCGGACCGCCUGCCGAGAUGUUGACGAGUGCAGUAAAGAGAACGUGUGCGUCCGGGGCCAGUGCGUCAACACCGAUGGCUCCUUCAUAUGUUUAUGUGAAGCCGGCUUCAAGUACAGCGAGGACACUGCUGAUUGUGAAGACCUGAAUGAGUGCAAAGAGUUCGGAAGCUCGGUGUGUGGUACCUGGCGCUGCGAGAACACUAUCGGCUCCUACCGCUGCUUUAUGGGCUGCCAGCCCGGCCUUGAGGGAGAAGACGCCACAGACUGCGAUGUAGACGAGUGCCUCAACGAAACCAUCUGCGGGAGCCAUGGCUUUUGCGAGAACACCGACGGCUCCUACCGCUGCCAGUGCGAUCAAGGCUACACAAACCCACCCGGAGACCCCAGCAAAUGUGUCGACGUGAAUGAGUGCGAGAUGAGCCUGGCGCUGUGCGGGGAGGCCCUGUGUGAGAACUUCGACGGCAGCUUCCUGUGCAUCUGCCCCAGCGACAAUGAGGAAUUUGAUCCCAUCACCAGCCGGUGCCGCUCCCUGGCCGGUACCGACUCAAAAGCCGCGUCUCCUGUGGUCCCCGCAACCGAGAGGAAGGAGUGUUACUACAACUUAAAUGAUGCAAAUUUCUGCGACAACGUCUUGUCUCGUAACGCCACCAAACAGGAGUGCUGCUGCACCGUGGGGGCCGGCUGGGGCGACAACUGUGAGAUCCACGCUUGUCCCACUCCAGGAGGAGAUGACCAUCAGCAGUUGUGCCCUCAUGGCAGCGGUUCAAUUCCCCUGCCUGCUUCCUCUACUCAGAGUCUGGCCGAUCAGCGACUCUACAUCGAUGCAAAUGAGUGUGAAAUGUUUGGAUCAGACAUUUGUAAGAACGGACAAUGCGUCAAUCUCUUCUCCACUUAUACCUGCUACUGUCGCUCCGGAUUCUACUAUGACAACGUCAGGCUGGAGUGUGUUGAUUAUGACGAAUGUGAAUUUGUCAAUUCCUGCAUGGACGGAGUGUGCGUGAACACGGCAGGUUCUUUCAACUGUUUCUGCAGUCCGCCAUUAGUUCUGGACAGCUCCCGACGGCGUUGCAUCAGCGUCAACACGACAGAAGCAACGUUGGACUCCAACCCCGACGUGCACAUGGACAUCUGCUGGCAACGUCUGGAGGGGGACAACAUGUGUUCAGAACCCCUUCAGGGUCGUAGGACCACGUACACCGAAUGCUGCUGCCUGUAUGGAAUCGCCUGGAGUGGACAGUGUGCCUUCUGUCCACGGAGGGAUUCAGAGGACUAUGCGGUCAUGUGCAAUCUACCUCUGAGAGGAAGUUCGGACAGUUUACGGGAACGGCUGGGUUAUGAGUACGGCGUUGAUGUUCCUGAGGAUGCCGCCGAGUCUUUUGUUCCUCCUUACUGGGACAACUACGGCGGACCCGCUGGACCGUACGACAUCCCAGAAAACGACUACGGUAUCCGAGAAGCACCUGCUCGAGUCCCGAUACAUCGACCCCGCGAGCACCAACCACGGCUACUGGACCCCCACUCAGAGCGCUAUGAGGGCUUUGAGGGUCUCCAAGCUGAAGAAUGCGGCAUCCUGAACGGCUGCGAGAACGGACGUUGCGUUCGUGUAAGGGAAGGCUACACCUGCGACUGCUUCGACGGAUACGAGCUGGAUCUCAACAAGAUGGCCUGCAUAGAUAUAAACGAGUGUGAGGACAUCAGUGACAAGGUGCCGUUGUGUCAAAACGGCCAGUGCACCAACACGGAAGGAUCCUACAAGUGCAACUGUUUGCCCGGCUUUGUGGCCUCCACCAAGCCCCACAAAUGCAUCCCAGCCAUUCCGGAGGCGGAGCUUAGAGUACCAGGAAACUGAGAUGAGAACUCAUUAGCGCUGAUUUUAUUAUUUUGUUGUUGUUGUUUUUUUUUACCUGUUUCUUCAAAGUUGGCCUUCUUCCCUUUAACCCUUAGAUGCACGAGUGACUGGACCCUACACUCUUCCAUAAGUGGGUCAAAAAUCACCCAUACUAGAAUCAAUGCAUUUUUAUGACAAUUUUGCUAUUUUGGUUAGGAAUAAUCACUUUAUAUUGAUAUUUAGUAUUAUAUUUAGGACCACACAAGAAUGAUUUCAUGUUAGAAACAUCUUCAUUUUUCACUUUUUUACAUCUUUGAAAAAGAUGGAUGUGAGGAUCCGUUGUGUGUUGCAUAAAGGUAAGUUCAAAAUGUGAAUGGCAUGAUAUCAAAAACAUGUUUUUUGAGGAAUACCUGCAAUAUGAAAUGAUAAAAAAAUUUCAUAACGAAGAUAUUUCAAGAAAACAACCUGACCGGGUCAUUUUUGACCCACUUAUGGAAGGUUGGGGUAGUAACACAAAAACCAAAAUUUCUUAAAAUGUAUAAAAGGUAAAUUAAAAAUGUGAACGGCAUGAUAUCAAAAACAUGUUUUUUGAGGAAUACCUGGAAUAUGAAAUGAUAACAAAAAAUUUCAUUACGAAGAUAUUUCAAGAAAACAACCUGACCGGGUCAUUUUUGACCCACUUAUGGAAGGUUGGGGUAGUAACACAAAAACUAAAAUUUCUUAAAAUGUAUAAAACAUAAGUUAAAAAUGUGAAUGGCAUGAUAUUAAAAACAGUUUUUUUUAGGAAUACCUGGAAUAUGAAAUGAUGAAAAAAUUUCAUUACGAAGAUAUUUCAAGAAAACAACCUGACCGGGUCAUUUUUGACCCACUUAUGGAAGGUUGGGGUAGUAACACAAAAACUAAAAUUUCUUAAAAUGUAUAAAAGAUAAUUUAAAAAAUGUAAAUGGCAUGAUAUCAAAAACAUGUUUUUUGAGGAAUACCUGGAAUAUGAAAUAAUAAAAAAAAAUUCAAUACCAAGAUAUUUCAAGAAAACAACAUGAAAGGUUGGGGUAGUAACACAAAAAUUAAAAUUUCUUAAAAUGUAUAAAAGAUAAGUUAAAAAUGUGAAUGGCAUGAUAUCAAAAACAUGUUUUUUGAGGAAUACCUGGAAUAUGAAAUAAUUAAAAAAAAUUAUUACGAAGAUAUUUCAAGAAAACAACAUGGAAGGUUGGGGUAGUAACACAAAAACUAAAAUUUCUUAAAAUUUAUAAAAAGGUAAGUUAAAAAUGUGAACGGUAUGAUCGCAAAAACAUGUUUUUUGAGGACUACCUGGAAUAUGAAAUGAUAAAAAAAUUUAAUUACAAAGAUAUUUCAAGAAAACAACAUGGAAGGUUGGGGUAGUAACACAAAAACUAAAAUUUCUUAAAAUGUAUAAAAGAUAAUUUAAAAAAUGUAAAUGGCAUGAUAUCAAAAACAUGUUUUUUGAGGAAUACCUGGAAUAUGAAAUAAUAAAAAAAUUAAUUACAAAGAUAUUUCAAGAAAACAACAUGGAAGGUUGGGGUAGUAACACAAAAACUAAAACUUCUUAAAAUGUAUAAAAGAUAAGUUACAAAUGUGAACGACAUGAUAUCAAAAACAUGUUUUUUGAGGAAUACCUGGAAUAUGAAAUAAUGACAAAAAUUAAUUACGAAGAUAUUUCAAGAAAACAACAUGGAAGGUUGGGGUAGUAACACAAAAACUAAAAUUUCUUAAAAUGUAUAAAAGGUAAGUUAAAAAUGUGAAUGGCAUGAUAUCAAAAACAUGUUUUUUGAGGAAUACCUGGAAUAUGAAAUUAUAAAAAAAAUUUAAUUACAAAGAUAUUUCAAGAAAACAACAUGGAAGGUUGGGGUAGUAACACAAAAACUAAAAUUUCUUAAAAUGUAUAAAAGAUAAGUUACAAAUGUGAACGGCAUGAUAUCAAAAACAUGUUUUUUGAGGAAUACCUGGAAUAUGAAAUGAUAAAAAAAAAUUUCAUUACGAAGAUAUUUCAAGAAAAAAACCUGACCGGGUCAUUUUUGACCCACUUAUGGAAGGUUGGGGUAGUAACACAAAAACUAAAAUUUCUUAAAAUGUAUAAAAGAUUCAUUAAAAAUGUGAACGGCAUGAUAUCAAAAACAUGUUUUUGAGGAAUACCUGGAAUAUGAAAUGAUAAAAAAAUUUAAUUACAAAGAUAUUUCAAGAAAACAACAUGGAAGGUUGGGGUAGUAACACAAAAACUAAAAUUUCUUAAAAUAUAUCAAAGAUAAGUUAAAAAUGUGAAUGGCAUGAUAUCAAAAACAUGUUUUUUGAGGAAUACCUGGAAUAUGAAAUAAUAAAAAAAAUUAAUUAUGAAGAUAUUUCAAGAAAACAACAUGGAAGGUUGGGGUAGUAACACAAAAACUAAAAUUUCUUAAAAUUUAUAAAAAGGUAAGUUAAAAAUGUGAACGGUAUGAUCGCAAAAACAUGUUUUUUGAGGAAUACCUGGAAUAAGAAAUGAUAAAAAAAAAUUAAUUACAAAGAUAUUUCAAGAAAACAACAUGGAAGGUUGGGGUAGUAACACAAAAACUAAAAUUUCUUAAAAUGUAUAAAAUAUAAGUUAAAAAUGUGAACGGCAUGAUAUCAAAAACAUGUUUUUUGAGGAAUACCCAUUUUUGACCCACUUAUGCAUCUAAGGGUUAAAGGCCUGGCACUAAACCUGCAACAAUAACCCUGAAACGUCCAGAACAGAACACGCUAAUUACCCAUCAUACACCUGUAAGAGGAGUCAAUAGAUCGGGUUGACCUUUCCAAUCACUAACCCUCUUGGUAAUUUCAUCAUUCUCCAUUUAAGUUUCUUUCUUUUUGUGUUAUUUAUUUCAAAUCUAUUUCUUCCUGUAUUUUUCUUCAUGUGACAGCCACAAGUACAGAAAAGUACUCGGAAUUCCCACACUCAAAUGCACCACUUUCAGCACCGAACCCCUUUUUGCCCCUUCCUAAAGUCAUUCAAAAUCAAUUUUAUUCAGCAUUAAAAUCCUUAGAACAGCAAUGUGUUGAAUGUGCCGACCAAGAGCUGUGACAACAACAAUGAAUACAACCAAACUUUUCAAAAUAAAGGCUUCAGCGGCGACCUUUAAAGACUGUAGAUGUAUAUGAGGAUCUGAUUAUGUCAUGUUUUUUUUUUUUUAAUGUAAAGGUGCAAUACUUGCCACUUUUUCCUAAAAAUAAAAAAUAAAAAAAUUAACAGUAUUAACUUAUUUUAUUUUGUCGACAAAGUAACAACGUGUGUUGUUACAUUUUAAUGUCUAAAAUAACACAAAUAUCACUGCUUUAUGUACACUUCUUAAUCAAAUGAUUGAUUCCCGUGAGUGCAAGAAAAAAGGCUCCGCUGGAGAGGUUUGGUAUAUUUUGUACAGCUCUAGUACUAUGUAUUAUUUUUUUUUUUGUUAAAUAUCAUUUUAAUACAUCAUACAUAGCACAACCAUUAUUUUUGUUUGACAUAAAAUAUGCAAAAUAUUAUUAAAAAAAUGACAUAAUAGCUUUGUAGAUUUAUAUGUGUCUGUAAAAACUAUUUUUUAAAACAAAUCUUUUUAUGUGUAAGAAAAGCGGCUGACACUGUACCAGAGGAACUGCGUGUAUAACCUGCCCUGUGGAGCAGAAUAUGAAAUAUAUUUUUUUUGUUUGGGGUGGAAAAGUGGCAGCACUGUUCUAAUCUAAUGGCGGCGGACAUGUUUCAUUUUAUUACCGAGGUUCUGUAUAUUACAAAUAUUAUUCAUUGGCAUGAUUUAAUAAUUUCUUUAAAUGAGAAAACAUGGCAAACACACACAAUUAUGACAGCAGAACACUAAUAUAAAAGUCUUAAUUUAACCCAAUUUAUCAACUAUAAAACCUACACUGUGGUUUAACUGUGCUGCUCUAAUUAUCACCUGAAUCAGACAGGAAGUCCAACAUUUGGGCCAAAGUAGGAACAAAAAAACCCAAAAUGACUCAAUGAUAAUGUUUUGUUGUAAUGAUGUGGUCAUUGGAAAAUAUCAUUUUGUUUACCUCUUGACUGUAAUCACUGUCAGUCAUCCAAAUAAAAACGUA